AUGCCUAUACGUAGAAUUUCCAAGCCAGCGCGCACCAACGGCGUUUCUUCCAGGACGGAGUCGGACACACGAAGAGAGAAGCCUCAGACUCAUGAUGCAAACCAUAAAGUAGAAGAGGCGGCGUCUUUAGACAAAAGGAAGAAAGCACUCAACAAGCGCAAGCGAGCAGACCAACCUGAUCGCCAGGUCGAAGUUACUAAACUGGUUGAGCCGACCCAGCCAACCAAGAAAGUGAAAACAUCUUCCGCCCUUUUCACUAGUAGCUCCUUGGAAUCGAAAGCUCGGAAGACCGGUAAGACUUUCACUCUUAACGAAGCUCCCACAGCGCCUCUUGACGUCUUCGUCUUCGGGGAUGGAUCUUGCGGCGAGUUGGGGCUCGGUAGCAAGGAGAUAGACGGGGUGUCGCCGGUCGAAACACUGUAUCCUCGUCUGAACAAUCUUCUCUCCUCACAUGGCGUUGGCGUCGUUCAAAUUGCUUGUGGCGGUAUGCACACCGUUGCGCUCACCAAAAAUAACAAAAUCCUGACAUGGGGCGUCAACGACCUCGGUGCUCUGGGGCGCGACACCAAGGUUGAGGAGGACGGAGAUGACCUGCUCAAUCCCGCAGAAAGUACGCCUAGUCCCGUGGAUACUGAGCACCUUGGCUCUGGGAUUGUAUGGACCCAGGUAGUUGCAAGUGAUAACGCUUCCUUCGCCCUGACUGAAGACGGGAAAGUAUACGGUUGGGGCACCUUUAGGUCCAGCGAAAGAACCAUGGGAUUCAGCAGUACUUCCUUCAUCCAAAAGACACCAGUACUCGUCCCAGAUCUGAGAGACAUCAGGCAACUGGCCGCUGGAAACAAUCACAUACUGGCCGUGGAUGAGAAGGGCAAAGUGUUCGCCUGGGGCAGUGGCGAACAAAACCAACUAGCCCGCAGGUGGUUCGCCGCUCGUCCUCGGCUUGCGCUGAGACCUACCAGCAUUGGAGCCUUGCCUGUACGAGGGGCCAAGGCAGUCCGGGUGAGCUGCGGCUCGUACCACAGUUUCGCCAUUGACCAACAGGGACGCGUUUAUGCCUGGGGGUUGAACAACUAUGGCGGGCUUGGCAUUCCAGACGACGCUGGCGAGGACGGGGCGUCUCAACUGAAGCCGCGUUUAGUUGAGAACUUGCAGGACUAUCAGGUGGUCGACAUCGCGGCCGGGGAACAUCAUUCACUGGCCUGCACAAGCAACGGAGAGCUCAUUACUUGGGGUCGUAUCGAUGGAUAUCAAGCUGGACACCGGGCUCAUGCAUUCACGCCACACAACACAGUCUUCGACAGCCACGGAAGACCUCGCAUCUUGAAGAUUCCACUUGUUGUUCCAGAUCUUCCACCUAUCGCUUCGGUAGCGUCCGGCACGGAUCACAGCUUUGCUCUUACUGUUGAUGGCAAGGCCUAUACGUGGGGUUUCGGUGCCAGCGGACGCACUGGGCUAGGCAAUGAGGGUGAUAUAGAAAUUCCAACCCUGAUCGACAACAUGGCCGUAAGGGACAGGAAGUUGAUUUUUGCAGGAGCUGGUGGAGCAUUUUCAGUCCUUGCCUCCUUGGCUGAUAUCGCCUGA